AUGCAGCCUACCAGUCUUUUCUCGCCUUCCACAGCGUCCUCACGCUUUUACAAGCUUUGCGCGCAAAUCCUCCAGCCAUCAACCCGCCGCCAUCAGUCAACCUACAGACGAACGAGGUCUAAGCUAAACGUCAAACCCGACGCCUCCUUCCUGCCGUCGAAAACCGAGCAACAUGAUCACAUCAUUUACAAUCCUCCUCCGAGUAUGCCCAAUGUCUACCAUACGCCCAACAUAUUCCUACCGAACAAUGACCGAAGAAAAGUCUUCCCAGAUCCUGAAACCAGGCAAUUGCAAUUACAGUUCAGCCAAGAGCUGCCUGCGUUAAAAGGACAAAGAGAAAAGCGAUACCACCUGACGGAAAAGGAUGUCGAGGAAAUGAGACAACUUCGAAAAGCGGACCCGACACAGUGGACGGUGAAUCGGCUGGCGAAGAAGUUUGACUGCUCGCCUGUGUUUGCUAUAUUCGUGACCGAAGGGCUCGCCAAAGAAAAAGGUGAACAGCAGAAACUCGUCACCCAGAUCGUCAAGUCACGAUGGGGCAAAAAGAGAAGAGAGGCACGCGAGGAUAAGGAGCUGAGGAAAGACCGGUGGUUCAGAGACGAAUAA